CUGCGCAAUCGUCUGAGCUGCGCACCGACUGGCGGCCGGAGCGGAGCCCACAAGUUGCCGGCAGCGGAGCGCCGCCUCGUCCCGCUCUCAGCUCCUGCGCCCACCGGGCUGCGGCCGGCGCCAGGACGCUCAGCCUGCAGACGCUGACCCCAGAUGUGACAGCGGGACCGCAGCUCCCUCUCCUUCCGGGCGCAACCCACAGAGUCUCGCCAGCGUCUCUGCCAAAACCCCAAGGCUGGAAGAUGUGGCAGCCGGCUACUGAGCGCCUGCAGCACUUCCAGACCAUGCUGAAGUCUAAGUUGAAUGUCCUAACACUGAAAAAGGAGCCCAUACCAGCUGUCAUCUUCCAUGAGCCGGAAGCCAUUGAGCUGUGCACCACCACACCGCUGAUGAAGGCAAGGACUCAUAGUGGCUGCAAGGUCACGUAUCUGGGCAAAGUCUCUACCACAGGCAUGCAGUUUUUGUCUGGCUGCACUGAGAAGCCAGUCAUUGAGCUCUGGAAGAAACACACGCUGGCCCGAGAAGAGGUUUUCCCAGCCAACGCCCUCCUAGAGAUCCGGCCAUUCCAAGUGUGGCUUCAUCACCUUGAUCACAAGGGAGAGGCGACAGUGCACAUGGAUACCUUCCAGGUGGCUCGCAUCGCCUACUGCACAGCCGACCACAACGUGAGCCCCAACAUCUUCGCCUGGGUGUACAGAGAGAUCAACGAUGACCUGUCUUACCAGAUGGACUGCCAUGCGGUACAAUGUGAGAGCAAGCUGGAGGCCAAGAAGCUGGCGCACGCCAUGAUGGAGGCUUUCAAGAAGACUUUCCACAGUAUGAAGAGUGAUGGGCGGAUCCACAGGAGCAGCUCAUCUGAAGAGGCUUCCCAGGAAUUGGAAUCUGAUGAUGGCUGAAGGAACUUUACGAUGCGCUAGCGAAGGCAGCAUUUGGGCAAGGAGUUUCAGAAGCUAAAUGUAUUUGCAAUGAUUCAAAUUUGGUACGAAAAGACUGCCAACCUAUUGGCUGAUCAUGCUUGUUAAAUUCAGAAGAGUGAUUCUAAAUCCACAGAAACGUAUCAUUAAUUAUGUGACAUUGAAAUCUGCUGCUGCCGUGACCUUUAGGAGAGUGGGAGUACAGGUGGGGAGGAAGGUUCCAGACUCUCCUCUGGCUUUUUUUUUCCCUCUCCUAUUCUAACACUUCCUGCUGGGAGAUCUCCACGCCUAUUUUCACCAUUCUCAGGCAAAUACUCUGUGGCUGUAGUUUGACGGACUGUUCCGAUCUGCCUUAUGAAAUCCAACAAGAGUGUUGGCGGCAUCCCUGUGAUCCCUAGGUGGGCAGGUGGCGUGGGGAGUUGCUGCUGUGUGUGGAGGCUGCAGGAUGGAAGGGACACGUCCAUGUGGACUGACUGGUUGCUCCUCUCCCUUGGCAUGUUUGCAGACACUCUCCUCAGUCCGUGAAUCAGCACAGCUUGGAUUGAGCUUUACAACUAACAGCACGCUAGAUGGCAGUUAAUUCGCAGUUAAAGAUAAUGCUUUUAUUUACAUGAGUAUAGCAAGUAGUACCCUCCUAUUGUAUUCACUUCCUCUAUUUUCUUAGACUUCUUGCAACUAAUGACUGUUCUCCUCCUUAUCCUGCCACCAUGCCACCAUGUUCUUUCUCCUUCCAGCCUCCCAGUAUGGGAUGAAGGCUCAACAUACUGCAGGACUCCAAAAGGGAAGAAAAUAAAAAAUUAAGUAAAUAAACGGUCAGCAAACCAACAAGGAAUCUAAGACAUCAGAAACCCUAGGAAGGAAGGGAAUGAGUGGCCAAAGCCUAUGGCGGCUUCCCUUUAGCAAGCCCUGAUUUAUAGUAACUUCCUUGGUUAUGAGUCUUGUUGAAUGAGUCUGCUCGGAAAGCGUAAACUCUGACGUGGCAAUGCCCUGGAAGUCUUGCCCCAUCAUUUAACAAGGAACUCAAGUAGGCAAUGAGUGAAAUCAAGUUUGCCUAGAAAUCCCAUGUCUUUCCAGGAACCUAAAGGGAAACAUGAUCUUGUUGUCCUGAAAGUGAUAUCUUAAGAGUCAGAGAACUAUCAGUUCUAAUGAACAAUUCUCAUUGGCAACUUGACCUCUCUCGUUUUCAGGAUAUUUGCCACUCAUAAAAAGUCGUGGAAACAUAUACACAUUUAAGGUGAAUAGACACAUUAAGCUGGCAAAUGAUCUACUUUUCUUUCAAGUAAUAUUGCUCCUUUAAAGGGUGUGUUUUUAUUUCUGGUGAUGUCAGGGGCCACGGGGUACCUUAGAAGCCUUAAGUGAGAGCUAAUAUAAUCCAGACAGCAGUGGUGUUGGUAUUUUUGGUCUGUGUACCCGUGUGCCCGUGUGUGUGUAUGUGUGUGUGUGUGUGUGUGUGUGUGUGUGUGUGUGUGUGUGUGUCCCCUAUGUGGGUCCAGUUUCAAGGCAUGUACAGUAAGCAUGGAGUCAUAUUGAUGAGGACUCACCUCCUGAAGAUAUGCUUGUUGCUUUAUGAUAUAUGUAAACUAUUCUUUAGAUAAAUGCAUUCUCUCUUUAAUAAAAGUAUGUUUGUGUUAAUAAAGCCAGGGUGUUUCAUACUUUAUAUGAACUUCCCUUCUUUUUUUUAAAGAAAUGGAAAUUUGACAUGUAAAAUAAAUCAAACUUGGUAAACA